UGAUAAGGAAAAUCGGAUAUAUUUGCAGUAGACAUCUCGUGGAAAUGCUGGGGACACAUAUGGAAUACUAAACGUGUUAAUAAACUACAUGUUACGAAUUCCUGAAGGCGAAAUUAACCAAUUCAUUAAACUUGACCAAGAAAACGCACAACCUUGCAUUAUUAUUGUAAUAGUAGGGUUAUGUAGAGGCUACGAUGCCAGCUUUAUCGUUUGUUACGAAACAAGUGAGGGUAUUUUGACGUUUUACCGUGUUUAAAUGGGUUUUAACUGUCAAAAGUCAUAGCAUACUCGAUUUUUAUGAUGUAUGUUGUUAUUAAUUUUUAUUUUGCUGAUGUAUUGUACAUAAUAAAUGUAAAUAAAUGUUUUUUCGUUGCGGUUUGGCAACAGUGCGGUUAGCCCUGACACAAAAACAAAUAUUAACAACAAAUUAAAGUUAUUUUUUUAUCUCUCUUUUAAGCGUCUUUGUUGUGUUUAUUUAAAUUAGGUAUUUAUAAACCUCAUAUCGCAACAUAAUUAAAAACUAAUCUAUUAAAAUGCCUUGUUGAACUUGUAUUUAACAUACAGGUUAUAAAUAAUGGUGGACGUUUAUUUUUGUGCAAUUUGUGUGGAAAUUUAGGGCGAAAAAUGUGUAUUCUGUUUAUUUACGUCGACCCUAACCCCGAUGAGGGUGGUUACAGGCUUAUUAUAGCCUCCAAUAGGGAUGAAUAUUACAGAAGACCAGCUAAAAAUGCCUUUUUGUGCGAAAAAACUGGCAUCAUUGGAGGUAGAGAUAUGGAACCCGGUAGAGAGGGGGGUAUGUGGUUAGGAAUAAAUUCGAAAAAAGGCGGUAAAUUUAAAUUUUCCGCUCUCUUAAACAUAACAGGGGAAAAGUUGGAAAAUGCUUGUGGUAGGGGUGUUUUGGUGAAGGAAUUUUUGGAAAAAGACUUUUCUAGUAACGAGUAUGUAGACAUGUUGCAACAUGAAACAAAGGCAUUUAAUGGGUAUAAUUUGGUAGCUCUAGAAUUAAGUAAAGAUGAAGCAAAUAUCCACUCCAUCACAAACACGCCAAAAAUAAAAACUGAGUACAUAGGAAAACAUAUUUUAGGCUUUGGUAAUAGCCCAGUAAACGUUCCUUUAAGUAAAGUUAAUAAAGGAAAAAGUAUAUUUAAGUCCAUUAUAGAAAAUAGCAAAACAAAAGAAGAUCUAGUCAAAGGGCUUGUAGAACUCUUAAAGAAUGAAGAAAACUUCUUACCUGAUGAAGAGCUACAAACUCGAGCCCCUGAAGCAUACAAACAACUUAGUUCAAUUUUCGUUAAAAUAGGGGAUCAAUACGGUUCAAGGGCACACUCCAUUAUCCUAGUGGACUAUAACUGGGAAAUAGACUUUAUAGAACAAGCUCUGGAACAACCCAUAGAUCCAAACAACUUUACAUGGUUGCAGAGUAAUAUUAAAUCAAAUUUGUAAUAGCAAAUAAAAAAUUAGCAAUAUUUUGUUAUUUCGUCGUUUUACUUUACGAGCUCCCCUCGUAUAUGACGUUUUACUUAUGACAAACUACUUGAUCGACCCUCGUAGGCGGUACAAACGAGCUACCGUAGUGCAAAUGGCGCGUAAACGUCAAAUAAGCGUUUUACAAGGUGCACUUGAUGAGUUUAUUUUGAAAUAAAAAGGUAAAUAUUGAUAAUUUUAAUUAUUUAUUUUGUUUAAAAUACAUUUCAGAGCACAAUAAAAUAAAAAUGUUUAAUUACGACACUUUUUCGUUUAAUUGCAACAUUUUCCUGUAACUUUUCUCAAUAACCUUGUCAGUUUCCGGAUUAUAACCUCGAAAUUGACUUUUUUUAUUGUACAGGGUGUCAAUAAAAUUAUAAAUAUAAUUAAAAUGUUUUAAAAAAUAUUUAAAAUGUUUGGUUUUUAGCUUUUUAUUGCUUCAAUUUUUCCGUAUUUUCCAGACAAUUGUACUAUGUCGCCAGUUUUAAAUAUUUUUGUUGCAUGUUUAACACCAACUAUACAGGGUAGUCCAUAUUCUCUUGCC